UGCGCCUAAAUUUGCUGGCUGAAAAUCUGAAAGGAGGAGAAGAAGAAGAAGUAGUUCGCGGAUUGGUGGAAAGUUUGGCGGACUUUAUCCUCCGCGGUGAGCAGGUUUUUAUAGUGACAGUUCGGUUCAGGACACGACAGGAGUCUCCUUCAGCUGAUUUCCACAUUGUGUGAGCAGAAGACCAGCAGCGCAACCAUGUCUUUUACAAAUGGCCACUGUGUGAGUAAAGAAUCAUGGGACUCGCACAACAAGAUGAUGCUGGAACCGCUGGCCAUCAACGAUUCAGAGGUGUUCUCCAUUAUAAAAAAAGAGAAGCACAGGCAGAUGUACGGUCUGGAGCUGAUAGCAUCAGAGAACUUCGCCAGCAGAGCGGUUCUUGAGGCUCUGGGUUCCUGUAUGAACAACAAGUAUUCUGAGGGCUAUCCAGGCCAGAGGUACUACGGUGGUACAGAGCAUGUUGAUGAGCUGGAGAGACUCUGUCAGAAGCGGGCACUGGAGGCCUAUGGUCUGGACUCAGACAAAUGGGGUGUCAAUGUGCAGCCGUACUCAGGCUCGCCUGCUAACUUUGCUGUCUACACGGCCGUUGUGGAGCCCCAUGGGAGGAUCAUGGGAUUGGACCUGCCUGAUGGAGGUCACCUGACACAUGGCUUCAUGACUGAGAAGAAGAAAAUCUCAGCAACUUCCAUCUUUUUUGAGUCCAUGCCAUAUAAGGUGAAUCCAGAAACUGGCUACAUUGAUUAUGACAGACUACAAGAAAAUGCACGUCUGUUCCACCCCAAACUCAUCAUUGCAGGAACAAGCUGCUAUUCCCGCAACCUUGACUACGCCCGCUUGAAGCUGAUUGCUAAUGAGAAUGGUGCGUAUCUGAUGGGAGACAUGGCUCACAUCAGUGGAUUAGUGGCUGCUGGAGUGGUGCCCUCACCCUUUGACCACUGUGACAUUGUUACCACGACGACGCACAAGACGCUGCGUGGCUGCCGAGCUGGACUUAUCUUCUUCAGGAGAGGUGUGCGGAGUGUAGACGCCAAAGGCAAGGAGAUCAUGUACAACUUGGAGUCUUUGAUCAACCAAGCUGUGUUUCCAGGGCUGCAGGGAGGACCACACAACCAUGCUAUUGCAGGUGUUGCUGUGGCUCUCAAACAAGCGAUGACACCAGAAUUUAAGGCCUACCAGCUGCAGGUUCUCGCUAACUGCAAAGUUCUAUCCAGUUCUCUUAUUGACCAUGGAUACAAGAUUGUAACCGGUGGCUCUGACAACCAUCUCAUCCUGCUGGACCUGCGCAGCAAAGGAACCGAUGGAGGCCGAGCUGAGAAGGUCCUGGAAGCCUGUGCCAUUGCUUGUAACAAGAACACCUGUCCAGGAGAUAAGAGUGCUUUGCGCCCUAGUGGUCUGAGGUUUGGCUCUCCAGCUCUGACCUCCAGAGGUCUGAUGCAGGAUGACUUCAGGAAGGUGGCUGAGUUGAUCCACAAAGCUAUUGAACUGACCCUGGAGGUGCAGAGAAGCAUGGAUCCCAAAGCCACUCUGAAGGAGUUCAUUCAGACACUGGCUCAGGGAGAGAAGUUCCAGCAGCGGGUUGCUGAACUCAGGGCUGAGGUGGAGGCUUUCGCUGGUCAGUUCCCCAUGCCGGGCCUUCCUGAGCUGUAGAGGGCAGCAGUUCAGAUGCUGAAGGCUUGAUUGAUGAUCAGAUGGACAAUAUUGUGACAGUUCUGCUGGUGGUGUUGCGCAGAGAACACUUUUGUUUUAAUGAAAAGAAAUUUGUGUAAGGAUUUGUAAUGAUUUUCUUGUAAUUUUAGUUUCAGAUGCUACAAUCAAAUUUCAGCUUUUCUCAAUUUUUUGUAUUGGGUUUAAUAUUCCAAAGUUUUCUCACAAACUACUGAAGAUUGAAGCACAAGGAAUGAGCACACGAUCGUUCUACAUGUAGACAGUAUACAUUUACAAUAUAUUAAAUGUGAUUUGAUAAAUAAGGUUGAUAUUUUUACAUUCAAUUAAAGUAAUAAUUAAGGAAACCACAUCUACUGUGCACUAUAAUUCAGUCUGGUUGCAAACUGGUACAGUGACCAUUUCAAAACAAAACCUCAAAAAUACCGUCCGCACACAGGAAUUCAGCGUGAGGGUGAUGAUUGUACUGUAUAUUAUGUGAAGACACUGCUUCAUGGCUCAGAGGCUGCAUCAGUGCUCUGAGUUCUAAUAUUAUGAUAUUGAGUAGAUUUGGUCAUAAUACGAAAACAAAAGUCACAUACACUACCAGUCAAAAAUUAGGAGACACUUUCUCGUUCAUUUGAAUCAGAAGGUGUCUCCAAACUUUUGACUGGUAGUGUAUGUUUCUCUAAGCAGCAUUAGUCAUCUUUUUAGGAACUGUAUGGUCGAACAAGUUUAGGGUGUUGAGGUUUCUUGGGAUUUUGUUUGAUGAUAAGCUCACAUGGAGAUAGCACAAAUAUAGUAAAGGCAAAAUGUAAGAAGAUCAACAGGACAAGGACAAGACUAAGGGGCAUCUUUGUUGUUGUUGAAUAUAUACCAGGCCCCUUAUGAGAGCAACACUGGAUUACAGUUUUGUUCAAGCUUUUAUAACAUGUAUGUCCAGAUUUUUUUAAAUCAAUUGAGGGCCGUAUAAUAAAAGUUUUUAUACUGUU